UUCUUCUUAAAUUUUAUGAAAAUGGCUAAUUGUAAAUUAAAUCAAAUAUUUCUUGGAGAAGUUGCCUCUGUACAAAAUUACGGUGCUUUUAUCAGAAUUCCGGGUUGUUCUGCUCAAGGAUUAAUACACAGAUCACAGGUAAGCUCUGUUCAUGUCGAUAAUGUUGUAGAAGUUUUGCAAAAAGGCGAACGUAUAUGGUGCAAAGUUAUAUCAAUUGGAGAUGAUGGCAAAAUAGGACUAUCUAUGAAGUAUGUAAAUCAGGGAAAUGGUACAGAUUUAGAUCCAAAUGGAGUACAGUUACAAAGAGAUUUACAGAAGAAAAAAACUAUAGAAAAACAUGAACGCAAAACUAUACAUUUAGAAGCAGUUUUUAAUACUACAUGUACAAAGUGUGGAACUGUUGGUCAUUUGUCCAAAGAUUGUUUUAUGAGUCCUGAUGGGAAAAAGUAUGAGUUGAUUCCAGAAAUUGAAGAUGAAAAAGAAAUUAUUAUUGAAACACAAACUGACAUAACUAAGAAAGAAAAAAAACACAAGCAAAAAAAAUUAAAAAAGAAGAAGAAAGCCAGAAAAAUGAAACGAGAUACAGAUGAUGGUGAUUCUGAUGAUAAAAAUGUAAUUAAGAAGAAAAAGAAAAAGUAUUCUAAAGAUCAAAAAAAAAAGAAGAAAAAAUAUGAUAGCUCUUCUAGCGAUAAAAGUUCUAGUGAUAGUUUUUCUAGUCAUGACAUGAAAGCUCAUAAACGAAAACAUUCAGAAAGUUCAGAAAAACGUACCAAAAAAUGUAAACAUUCAAAAACUAAAUAUGCUGAUGAUUGA